AAGCAACAGCCCCCACCAUUACAGACCUAUAAAUGUGUCUUCUCGCACUGUUCUCGAAAGCCCCAUUCUGACUUUCUUUCCUUGCUGAAAUCACUAAACGCUACGUAAAGAUGUCAGACCUGGAGACCUGCUUGGGAACCAUCAUUGAGGUCUUCCAUAAAUAUUCAUCAAAAGAAGGUGACAUAUACAAAUUAAAGAAAAGUGAACUCAAGGAAUUGCUCACGAACGAAUUUCCAUCCCUUCUUGAGCAUGUGAAAGAUCAAGCUACAAUGGACAGUUUGAUGGAAAGCUUGGAUACCGACGGCGACUCGGAAUGUGACUUUCAGGAGUUUAUGACCUUCAUCACCAUGGUUACCAUCUGUGGCCACGAGUUUUUCAAACACCAUGAGGACGAAUAAGCCGAAUUCAGCACUUUUAAAACUAUAAUCCGAAUGUCGUAGCUUAAUAAAUCGUAAUAAAUUCCUUUUCAUUAAUUUUGGAUUGUUAUUCAUAUCAUGUUAGACUUGGGGGUUCGUUCAUAGCUUGUUUGACAACUUUAUUUGGGACGUUUUGUUCAAAUGCGCAGUGACAUAAAAUCAAUUAUUAUUAAUUUAUUACGAGUUUUGUUAUAUGUUAAAAAAAGUUUUUUUCCAGAACAUUCCCAGAAUUCGUUGAGCGAAAUGCAAACCAGAUCUGGCGCACUUGUCGUUUCGAUUCCAGGCUGAUUGUGAAAUGUAUUUCUGAUUAGUCUCGCGCUAUUAGGCUACUAUCGGAUUGUUCUGGGCCUUUAGACUGCUAUAAAGCUAUGAACCGACUCAUUUUAUUUUUUGAGUAUCUGGUUGGAUGUUUAUCAUCAUUUAUAAAUGACAUAGUUCCCAAACAAUCACUUUAAAGACUUUCUGCACUUUACACAAAGUUGAAUUUGUUGUUUUUUUAUUUUAAGUAUAUGUAAUAUGCCAUCUAACAGUUUCAACCAUUGAGCCUCCCAGACAGCAGAUGACGCCGGGCCGGAUCCGCAAUGGGGGUGCUGACUUCAGUGCGGAUCCGGCCCGGAGUCGUCCGAUGGCUGGGCUAAUUCGUGAAACAUGCGCCAAAUGGUUUUCUGUGCAAGUCGAUCAUAAAUCAAUUCUUAUGUGUUAUUGUUUUAAACUGUGUAUUUAUGUAAAAAUACAUUCAGCUUAUGAAAAAGGCUCAGUGUUUCCCUACAAGACAAAACGUCUUAUACAAAAGUUAAACAAAUUUCAAGUUUUGCAAGUAUUCAACCUGAAUGUUAGAACUGUGUGGAAUGAAAAUUAGCCGAAUAAAAUUGUGAACAAAAAAAUUUAA